GCCAGCCCUGAGCGGCAGGAGAAGAGGCAGGCAGGGCCCUGAUGACCAAGGGGGCAGGGUCCCUGGUCUCACACACACACACACACACAGGCCCCCCUUAGUCGACCGGGGCUCCCUCCCUCCGGUGCUGGGGGCCAGGAGGAGGCAGAUGGGAGGGGACCUCUAGGCACAUCUGUGUCCAGCCAGCUUUAUUAUUUUCAGACAGGAGGCAACUCUGGUUGUCGUGUUGGGAUUCAGCGGGACAGAACCCAAAGCCACCAGCUUAGAUUAGCGUUGUUUCCCCCCAGCCUUCCCAUUGGGAGCAACCGGCUUGAGGCUCACGGAGCCAUGGGCAGAAAGCGUCUCAUCACAGACUCUUUCCAAGUGGUGAGGAAGAAGAAGAAGAAGAAAGACAGUAAGGAAGCAAAGGCUCCGAGCCCUCCCUGUGAUGCAGAGACAGUCCAGGCAGAAGCCCUCCUUCAAGAUGCUGUGCAGCCAGACCAAGUAGAGGUGCUGAAGCAGUUUGAUCUCAGCUGGGAAUUUGGGCCCUGCACUGGAAUCACCCGCUUGCAGCGCUGGGAGCGAGCAGAGUUGCUGGGGCUCAGUCCACCCACCACAGUGCGAGAGCUGCUGCUGAAGUACAAGCGGAAUCCCACCAUCAUGCACAGCUUGUGGCAUGAAUAUUCACUCUGAGAAAAACAACUGGUGAUACCUCAAGCCGAGAAGGAGCCCCUGCUGCUCUGAUGUGGUUGCCAAUUGGGUAAUCCCUUCAUUCCUAUAACACAAGUUGUCCUUGGUAGAAGGAAAGACCCUGGGAAGAUGCUGAGGAGUUCACAAAGGACUAGCCCAGCUGGCACCUGGAGAGAGGGUUCCAAUUCCAAGCUGCCAGCAGCCAGCCCGGACCUUUGCUUGGAAAUGUCUGUUGUCACUUGUAUACAAGAAUAAAAGCUUGCUAAGAGAGAGACAAAGCAUGAGGUAGUCUGUGCCAAGUAAAGGUAGUGAUUGAUUUGUGCCAACUUGCUGGAGUUAAAAAAUUAAAAAAGAGCAGCAUGAGUAGGUCUUGAAACCAGGCUUGGAGUGAUCCUGUGUAUUCCAAAGAAUGCUUCAGUGCAGAAGUAGGAAAAGGACUGGCAAGCUCAAGGGACACUAGGCUGAGUUUUGUCAUAUAUGUUAUCAGUCGGUGAUUAAGAAAGAUAACCAUGCUUUUCUCUAGUAAACUGGGAGUCUAGUUAGUAACAGCUACUCACCCGUUCCCCAGCUUUGGGAUGAUUACUUUAGGACAUGUUCCAUAAACUUUUAAUGUGAUCUGGGAUUUAUCUGAAGUAAUACUACAUUCUGAAAAUGCUGCUCCCCUCCUCCCUUUAAGAAAAACCAAGACUAGGCCUGAGAUUCAUUAGAGCAAGUUUAAAUUCCCAUCAUGUCAUAUUACUUCCAGGGUACUACCAAACUCGGUCUCAUUUUAUUGCAAAGGCCAAUGUUGGAUAGGUUACUGUAUGUUGCAGGUGGCCCUGGGAGAUCUGACCUGAAAUCUGGAUCUUGGUCCGUUGCAGGGCCUCCAGGCUCCAAGGGGUUGGACAGCCAAACAGCCACCUUGCAAGAUACCUGGGGGCUGCUCCAAUAGCCCCCCCCCCGAGCAAAAAUAAAUAAAAAUCCAGCCACAGUGUCUUUUCAUACCUCGUCUGCCAAAAUCUCUCAAGCUGUACCUGAGACCCCUAAACCCCAGUCCCCACUUCCUCACUAAGCCCUUUUCUUCAUGAGAAACGGCUUACUUUCCAAAAUUACGAAAUACCAAAAUAGCUUUCUCCCUGCCCCCAUCUUUGCAAUCUACACAACCGUAUUAUUCCAAGUCUCGUUUUCUCACUUCCUCAGAGGUCCUGAGGAAUGCCUUUAGCAUCCCCAUGGUGACCCCAGAAACCAAGAUUUGGCACUGUGUUCUGAUAAGGCAUGGGGAAAAGACACCUUCCAAAAUUUAUGUAGCUUUCCAAUUUCCCCCCACCCCCAAUGAUAUACCUAACAAUCUUAGCUAGUACGUACAGACUCUGAUAUGUGACAGUGAACAGGAAAUCUUCCAGUUAUCUAGCACAUAUACCAGUUCUUCCUCUGUAGCACGGACAUACCCCCUUCAUCAGUUUGCAUUCUACACAAAACUGCUUGCAUUACUGGGAGUGUAGAACACGGCCAUUCCCUGUGCUAAUGUGACACUGUGCCUAUAAAUGGGUAGCAGACAGAUGCCAACGAUCAUGUUUUCUGCUAGCAUGCAUUGUCUGCUGCGUAACUAAUCUAGCCAAGAAGUUAGUAAUUCAUAGACCUUCCUCUGGUCCCCUCUAUAUAUGUAUGUAUGUGAAACACUUAACACCAUGAAGAAUGAACAAGAUUAGGGCACUAGGGCUGUUCCUAGAAAAGUGAGAGUUGUAUAGAUUUGAAUAUUUAUGGAUUACCUAGUGAAUCAAAAUCGGAAAUACUGCUAUACUAUGCUCUAUUGUUGAGUGACAAAGCCUACUGAAGAUUAGGAACUGUUUCCUAAAGCAAAAUCUGUACUAAUCAGGUAUUCAGAAGUCCCACAUAUGCACAGUUAUCUGCUUGUCUCAAAAUCCCAUUCUUCUUUGAAUAUACAGCUGCCAGCUACAUAUGCAUUACCUCCUUUCCCGUUUAAAAUGGCACAGAUUAAAUGCUCCUUAUGCUUAUUAUGGGGCAAGUGCCCAUAAUACAAGGCAGAAUCAUACAUUGCUUCACAUCAAGGAAACACAGUUGCUCAUGCAUCUAAUAAAGGCACAGAAACGUUACCAUAUCUGAAUUCCAUUUCUGGUCAGUAGCAACAUUUUCUCAAGUGCGAACCUAAGAAUUGUUAAUCCCUUAAAAUAUACUUUGGGGCACAGCCUGGUUUAACUCUACAUUGAAAUGUGUUCUGACAUAGCUAAGAAUUUGCAGUUGAUGAGACAUAAGAAGUCAAGAUGCCAUUAUUGGCAUCAUACAGGGUACAACUUUACCAUGUAAUUUGUACCUCUUAAAAGCAUGGAAAGUGCUGGCUUGCUAAAUCUUAAAGCAAUUGCUGGCAUAACUGAAAAUGUAACUGGCAACAAUUAAAGCAUAAUAAUGUCAAAGUCUGGGAACCAAAGGCUGUAAGUGUCAUUAUUCUGUAUAAUCAGUACAAAAUUUGUAUUUGUUUAAAACCCACAAGA